AUGCAGCCACUCUUACUCCUGCUACUCGUACCGACCAUUGGCAACUGCAAGACGGGAAGAGGGAGCAAGCAAGGGGGGGACAACCGCCGCUACAGCCGCAACCGUUUACACAUUGCCCUGCUGGUGCUCUCCCUAAUUUGGUUCAGCCAAAAUGUCGGCUCUGUUCAAGCAUACCGGUUUCCCCGCGGCGGAGAACAGUUGGGCUUUUUUCCCAAUGCAGGGGCGAAGAGGCACAAACGCCUUUCCCCCAGGCGGUACGCCAAAAGGGGCAGCGGCACAAUUGGUAGUGGCAGUGCAAGGGGUGAGAAUGCGAUGGUCCCAAGUGAAGACCACCUGCCCACAACCAAAAGCACAUCAAACAGUUACUUCAACUCCCUCUGCUACAACAGUGUGCUAAACAAGAGCGUAGAUGAAAAUGUAAAUUUCGAGGAUGGGAUGGUGAGUUUCUUCACACUGAACCCUAAUCCGAACAUUGGCUUUUUGGUUGGCAGGAUACAGAGGCGUGGUGGAACGGAUGCGGUGCGCAGUGACGCAGCGGAAGAGUUAGAAGCAGCAGAUGAGUUAGACGCACCAGAGGAGAAAGACGCGACAAAAGAGACGAACGAGGCGGCGACCCCUCAACCAAAAAGUACAAAAAAAAUUCGCCUCAGGCUGAAAAGAGGAUACAUGAACGAAGUGUACGACAGGGAGAAAAAAAGGCUGAAUGAAGUGCUGCUUUCUUUUGAGGACAAAAGUAUAUUCAAGGCCUCAAAAAAAAAAAUAAAAGAAAACAUACUUCUCCUAAAUGGACAAACUGUUAACAUAGAGGUGAUAAAGCAAUACUUGUUUCAUAAAUUAAGAUUAGAGUAUUAUGAGAGCAUAAGGGACCAGAAAAAGAUCCUGACCUUAGAUCUAUGGUCCAAGGAAAUUAAUGUGUCGGUUGAGAAUCUGAAAAAGCUCAUUGUUUAUAUUUACAAAAUGAAGACGCUGGUUCAGAAGGACGAUGAAGACUUGCUCAUUAAGACGUACUUUUACAACAAGACGAAUAUGUUUAGUUUGUUCAGGAACGGUGCUGCAGGAGGGGGGGAUGUGGUGGCCCCUUUUGACUUUUCCGUGCCGGACGUGGGUUCGCAGGUUGGCGAUGCAGGGAAAGAGAGCCAACUUGAUGUGAGAAGCAAGAAGGGGGUAGCUUGCAACGGGGUACCCGCUACAAGUGAGCGAGUUCCCCCUGCGCCACUCCCCCCCAAGCGGGACAUCUUCACCGACUACUUCGACAAUAAGGAAGUGGUGCUGUACAACGACUGCGAAAAUUUAAUAAACUCAGAAGUUCAAAAAUUCAUUGAGUGCAUCAAAGACAUUGUCUUUUUUGAAAAUUCCAUUUACAUGAUAGAAAAGUUGGAGAACCGACCCCCCCUUCUGGAGGAAGUAGCUUUUGCAUAUAACUAUGAUAAAGAUAUUUUCAUACAAAAGUUAGAAGUUAAAAUAAAAUUGUCUCAAAAAUUGCUAAUAUAUUUUAUCCCUCUAAUUAAUAACAUUAUAAGGAAAGCUGAAUCCAAUUUUAGUAGCAACUUAAGUGAAGACGAUUUUUUACUGGUGAGCUUAGAUGCAGUGAAAAACGGGUUCAGAAGAUAUGAUGUGGAAAAAUUAGGAAUAAAAAAUUUGACAAAAUAUGUUUACAUUUGGGCCAAAAAUAGCACCUACAAUUAUUAUCAGAAACACAAGUCCUUCGUUUCCGUGUCCCCACAUACUUACAAAGAUUAUAAUAAGAUAAAAAAAUUUGAAGAAAGUUUUGAAGACAAACAUGACAGAAAACCGAGCAUCAAAGAAAUCGCUGACGCAUUGUCUAUGACCAUGGAACGGGUUCAGAAGGCUCUCUCCUCAGCUGUAAACGUAAUAGAUGCUGAAAAGCCAAUUGUGUAUCAAAAUAAUAAUUCAGCCCACCCAGAAAAAAACACCUACACAGAUUUAAUUGUCAAUGCGGAUGAUAUACAUAGCAUGAACGAAAUUGUUUACAACGACCUUGUGAUAAAGGGACUACGAAAGUUUAUCUGCAAGUCGCUAAAAAAAAAAAUAAACAAACUAAUUAUCUUUAUGAAGUUUGGCCUUUUCUUAAGAAAAAAAAUUUACACUGAUGACGAAAUUUGCCACACGCUCCACAUUACGAAAAAUAAAUUACAAAAGCAUUUUAAGCUCUCCCUAAAUGAGAUCAAAAAAUAUAUUAAGAAGAUUAAGAAGAAUAAAUCCGAUGCCGAUUCCAACUUGGACUUUUCUUCGUACUUCAACUUUUCUCAGUACGACUUUCUGGGGAACGAGUUUUCACAAAUUUUGAUAUAA